CCACCCCUAUUUUAAAAUGAAGCGGUCUGAUGAAACAGCUGACUGUGCCCCGAACGUCAACAAAGAGCAACUUUCGCCUGUCAUCGUACGUACGUAUGUUGCAUGUACACACAUACGUAUAUUUCUCGGUGCUGUCGGCGAGAUAAAUUUAACGACGAGAUCUGAGAGCAGAGAAUGGCCAAAGAUUCCCCCACUUUUGAGCAAAGAGCGAGAAAUUUUCAGCCACCCGGAAGAACUCUAAUGUACACUUUUCACUCAUAACCUCGGGGGAAUCACCAGGCCAGCGGACGAGCUACGAAAAAAAAAACCAUCUAAAAAUGACCGAGAAAUUCUACAAUAGAUUGCCGGUCGUGGAAGAUCGAGGAGCGAACAACAACACGGCAGAUGGUGGGCAGACGAUCGCCACAAAUGCUGAGCAGAGAAAGAGAUGGCGCGAAGUCUGCAGCAAAAUCCGCAGGCCUGGCUGGAAGUGGGUGGUUCUUCUGGGUGCGUUCCUGCUCCGAGCAGUGUUUUCAGGCUUCAUUGCCAACUACACCACCUUGUCGGUCAAACUGCGAGAGUUUUACGGAACGAAUGAAGAAAUCUUAGGUUGGAUAGGAUCUCUGAUAUUUUGCUCUCGUAGCAUGUGCUCCCCGUUGACGGCAGCCUUCGCUGUCAAGAUUGGUUAUCGCUCUGCCAUCUUCCUCGGGGUCCUCUGUAGUGCAACCUCUCUGAUGGUCUCCUCUUUCGUCCCAGGCAUCCACUGGUACUUCCUGACACUCAGCGUUCUCCUGGGCGCUGGGAUCUCCUUGGCCUGUUUCAGCUCUUAUGACUACCUGAUGAGCUACUUUCACAAGACGUUUGUCAGGGCGGCUGGUUUCAUGGCCAUUGCAUCCAGUGCAGGUCUGAUGAUUUGUGCCCCAGCAAUGGAGGCCCUUCUCGAAUCCAUCGGCCUUCACAACACCUUACGAGUAUUUGCCGGGAUCUUCCUGCUAAGUGCUCUCUCAGCCUUCACCAUCCGCCCAUCUCCCGCUGAGAAACGCCGCAUGUCUGUCAUCCAAGUCCCCUUGGCCACUCGGAACCCGGAUUCACCCACCCCAGCCGAACCCAUUGUGCCCAUCAAGCCCCCGGUCCAUGCCAAGAAGACAUUCAGGGAGAGUAUGGCCGUGUUCUCUAGUCUUCUGAGAUCGGCCGAUAUGUGGAUUCUUGGAGUGAUGGGACUUACGCUGUGUUUGGCGUCCAGCUUCACCUAUCUCUACAUGGUAGUGCUGGGCUUGUGCCGUGCCAUCUACAACCUGAUGGUGUUCCCGUCCGUUAUUGAGUGCAUGGGCAAGCAGCGCAAGCUGGAAUGCUGCUCCAUCUCCUCCAUGAUGUGUGGCAUCGGAUAUCUUCCCGGAGGAGUUAUUGGAGGUGCCUUGUUUGACGCCACCGGCUCCUAUUUGUACUCCCUGCUGGUCUGCGUCGCCCUGUACCUUACCUCCAGCCUCCUGUUGGUCUGGUGUGCGUACCGCUUCCGUCGUGCCAGACGGACCCAGGGCGAAAUGAUCGACCAAUCAGCAGAGAGCAAGGGAAAGGGCGACAAAGGGAGCGAGGUUGAACAGAACCAGGAGGUUUACGUGGUCGAAACGAUCAUGACCACGGUGUAGUUAUCGAAAACACAAUUGAGUUAGCAAGUUCAGACGAACAGAAGAAAGUGUGCUAGAAACGUCUUGGCCACUUCUACGCAAUCGCAUGAGUAAAACUUUGUCUUGUGAGUAAAGUGCAGCAUUUUUUUUUUCGUGUUAAUGGCGUCAAUUUAGUGUAAGCAGCAUGAACAUGAAUCCCAGUAAGCACUGCUUUUGCUGAUUCAUAAUUGAAAUCGGAAACAGGUGCAUGUUUCUAGCAUUUUUUGUUGUCAGCGAAUUUUAUCAUGAAAAUUACAGUUGAUGUGAACCUGUUACAUACAUCAAUCAAUAUGAUAUUCAUGACGUUUGCGGUUGUAAACUGUUGUUUUUGAGUGGUUUUUUUUUUAAACAUGUUCAGCAGGUGCCUGACCUUGGUCCUGUAAUUUUCCAUUUAGAUGACGCACUGCCACAAGUUAUGAUGAUAAUCGAUGAUGUCACAUUAAUAUUAACAUGACCAAAACGUGGGAUUUAGUUUCGAUGGGGCAUAGCUUGAACAAAAUUAUAAUGCCUUUUAUAGUAUUCGAGUAUGCCUAUUAUAUUUUCGGCUAAAAUAGGUAACACAGAUUCCUGUUCAUAUUAUCAACAACUUGGCGUGGAUUGUCGGGGAAAUUAAAUUAAAUUGAUUGAGCGAAACUGCUUCAGACUUGCUUGUCAGUAAACUUCCAGUUUACACAUUAAGCAGCACCAAUUGAGCAACUUCACAGUCAACAAAAAAGGGUUUUGAGAACAUGAUAAUAAGCUGAUGCCCAGUUUGUUGUAAAGCUAAUCAUAGUUAUUCGUGGGAGUAUUUCUUAUCUGUAUUUGUAAGUUAUAUUAGAAAGAAAUAGUUCAACUAUGCUGAGUCUAAGUCUUAUUUCUGUUAUUAGGUUACUUCUUGCAACAGUAUAUACUUGCCCUUUUAAAUAGUCUCUUUGUUAAAAAAAAUCACUUUAUUCUCUAUGAAGUAUGUGCAUUAGUUAAAGGUAUUUUGUAAGAGUCAAUAUAUGUGGAUGUAGAUUCCUGUUUAAUGUACGUGUAGGCCUACGUUAUUUGUUUUGUCCCACGAGAGUUAUAUGCUCCUGGGUUUCUGCUCUGACGAAUCACAGUCAGAAACAAGAUUCACAAGCUUACUUUUGGUUGUGGAAAAGAAAUUGGAGAAAUGACUGAAUUCCUAACUUGAGUGAAGUUCAUAAGACGCGAUUUUUGAUUUUUGUUUAUUUAUUUUUGAAUAUAUUGCCAACUUAAACUAUUAUCAUGCAAUAAGACCGCAAUCGGAGAGAGCAAAUGAUAGAACUUGUGGAGAAACAAAAAUUAUAAAGAUUUUAUAAGGACUUAAUUGAUACAAAUCAAACAGACUUAGUUUUGUUAAUAAUAUAAAUAAACACGAUUUCACUGUGUGACACAUUUUUAAAGUAUCUUAAAAAACAAGUUAUAUUUUGAUGUUGACUGCCUUUUAUUAAAUGGGAUUAGUCAUUCCUUGCUUACAUUUAUACAUGUAUUACUCUUCAUUUUAAACAGAGGAAAAUUAUCUAAACAAAUUUAUAGAUCUCUUAAGAAUAACUAGUUAUAGGUCCCGACACUUAAAUUUGAUAAAAAUUCUUGUACAGAAUUAUGUAUACAUCUGUGUGAAUGCUCAAAUUGAGCACAAACGCUGUUUCGCGCUUAAGAAUAAAUAUGUAGGUUGCUAUUGGUGUGCAUUGCUUAGUCUUGUUUAAGCAACUUAAAAAAAGGUGUUUUGUGCUUCGGAAAUAAAGGACAAGCAUUCAGAAA